AUGCCGCAGAGAUCGCAGAAAUUCGCGAAAGAAAGGCCCAUGGGCCGGCCGCGUCGUGCUUGCGAUAAGUGUAAUACGCAAAAGGUACCGUUUCCCGUUUCGCGUUUCGCGUUUCCCGUUUCCCUCAAUUCCCGGGUCUUCACUAUUUCCCUCAACCUCACCCCACCGGAGAACAGACCAGACAACAGACCAGACAGCAGGCCAGACAACAGAACUAGCCCGUCGGACACUCACAGCCAGCCUGAUCUUCGGCCGCCGCCACAGUCAUCGUCAUCUUUGAUAUCCAGUUCCAACUCGGUGGCCGAUCUAAGCGCGUACUGUGGCGUGCCUCAGACGCUGCUUUGGGAGCUAGUUGAGAUCUACUUUACGCACGGGUACAAUGCCAGCCUGCUGCUGCACAAGGACACCUUUGUCCACAGCCUGCGUGCCGGCACCGUGACGCCUCACGUGCUGCUGAGUGUCUGUGCCUGGGCAUCCAAGUGGGUUCUGGUGUCCAGGAAAUUUUUUGACUCACCAUAUAGACAUCCGCUGACGAAAAAAAGAUUCUACAAAGAUGAGUCCGGCAACUACUCCCUGGUCAAGCCGGGCUUCGGCCACGAAUGGGCCACCCGCGCCGGGAGUCUUGUUUUUGCCGAACUGGUUGACCCUCGUGAAGAGAACAUUGUCACAUUUAUCAACCUCUCGCUCUACUGGUACUCUGUCGGCGAAUGGCGCCGAUGCUACCUUUUGAAGUGGAAUGCUAUCCUCAUCUCAUACAACCUCAACAUCACAUCGGCUGCUCGCGAUGACGCUGCUCGCGAUGACGCUGCUCGCGAUGACGCUGCUCGUGACGAGGCUCAGUCGGCCAUGCUGGCUGUCGAGAUGAGUCGUCGACGCUUCUGGUCCUCCUACUUGUCCAUGAACUUUGGCUCCCGCGUUGAGUUUUCGACUGGCAACUACUCGACCGCCUUUGCCAAGGUCCCGUUGCCAUGCUCUGAUGCUUUUUUUGCAUCCGGCAUGAAGGACCUGGAUAAAAAGGGAGACGGCAGUGUCUAUGCAGAGCUGGUCCGUGGCCUUACUCUUUGGAACAAAAUAUCCGACAUAGUCAAAAAGACCGACGUACCCAAGUUGACAACGCUGGAUUCCCUCCACGAGUCGCUGUCUCAAUGGUGGUCCAACGUCCCCGACAGCCUCAAGCUGCCCCUGGAGCUGCCCGUUGCUGGUGAGACCAGAACGCAAGAUGUAGACGGGGACGCGCCUUCAUCAGAACCCCAACACUCGCCACUCCCUCUGCGGCUUCUCCUGUGCGUCAUGUACCACCAGAGCAUUUGUAUCCUGCACUCGUCAAUUGUGCCGUUGUUCUCGUACCGGUCCGACAGUGCUACCACCGCCGCAUUGUCGUCGCAUUCGCACCUGUCGUUGUAUUCGCGCCACGUCUCGGCGCAGCUCGCCUUUGAGCACGCGCAGGCCGUGUCGCAGCUGAUUAAACUCUCGCAGCGACACUACAACAUCGACCCAGACCGCAUCCCAGGCUUCGUGAGUUUUGCGGCCUAUUCGGCCUGCGCUGUGCAGAUCCCCUUUUUUUGGUGCUCGAACCAGGACGUGCAGACCCGCGCACGCUCUAAUGUCCUUGUCAACCUGCGCAUGAUUCAGCAGAUGGGCAAGCACUGGAAGUAUGUCUCUCUGCUCGGUAUCAACUCGUGGACGCUGUACAAGACCCUCUCGCGUAAACCACCUCGCCUCAAUGACGAGCCCAAGUUCAUGGACCCGUCCAUGCUGGACGUAAGCUGGAACGGCACCGACCGCGCGGCCAAGUCCAUCAUGAGCUACAGCGAGAUCAUCUGGCAGUCGACAGGCAGCUAUGUCGAACGCACCGACGCCGAGAUCACCGACCUGGGGCUCAGUAGCCGUAGCAGGCCUUCGUCCGUGCCCCCUGCCGACGACGAGCUGUCAAGUUCUACCGCAACCACCGUUGCGAGCACCUUUAGCGGCCCGGACGGCUAUGGAGGCAACGGCGGCGGCAACGGCGGCAUGAACGCUGCUGGACUUUAUCUAUCGCCUCCCCGAUUUGAUACUAGCCUCGACUUUUUCAUGCCAUCUAGCCCCAACGAUGGCUUUGACUUUGUCCAGGCGCAGAAUGGCAUGAUCUCGUCGCAGCAGCUGGCGUCGUUCAACACGUGGCUUCAGCAGAUCGAGUCCGAGACGCUCUUCCGUAGUCCCAUGUAA